AUGCCUCAACCAUUUAUCAGUGCUGUUGAUAUGCUUGCCAAAUUGAGAUUACAGCCUUCCGGAGGCUUUCUGGGCUUCCGUGCCUACACCUUCGGACUUAAAUCCAGGUGUGCCAUCUUGUUUGCAUCCUGUCAGUCACCUACUCUGACCGUUUUAAACCAUCCGAGAGCAGACGUCGUGGAUAACAUCAUGUUGGUAGCGGACUUCUGGUUUCCGCGCCCCCUCGUCGCCAGUCGCGAUUCGAUCGGCGAGGAGGGCACCUUCAUCGCAUUCUGUCCACACGUUAUGCAUGCUGACUGCAAGGAGAAGGCUCGUCCAUCGAACAUGUAUUUCAAGUGUCCCGUCUGUCAUGCCCUCUCAAACUUUGAUCUUCCCCUCUACGGCCACGUGACAGAUGGUCUCAGCUCGGUCUGGCUGUCCCGUCAGCUGGAGGUCCACCAGAACAGCUACGAUCUGACCUCCUGGUUAAAGCGACUUCAGCGUUGGAUUGAUGAACGACCGCUGGUGGCGCCUCCUGGAAGUUCGAAAGAUCGGCAAUUAUGCCUGUUGCCUAAUGAAAGCGAACCCGAUGGGACACCCAUAAUAGCUAAUGUCUUGUGGGAGGGGUACUUAGUCAUCUCUUCGUUCCCUCAUCUCAUGCACGCUGAAUUUGGUGUGCGGAGUGCGGGCGAGGAGGAAGGACGUUCUCACAGUUGA